AUGAAGGCCGAUAAAAGUUCCAAUCGUCCAAGCCUGACAACUCGCAUAGCGAACCUCGAAUCACUGGAUGAGGAGCGACGGAAGAGGCUGAAAGAGAUUUCCAGUGACCAGAGAUUGACGAAAUUCUUCGAACAAGAUAUCACUGAGAAGGUGAAGCAGCUGGAGGCAAGGCUCACCAGGGUCGAGUCAUUGAACACGAAUCAGGAUCGCCUCUGGCAGAGGUUCAAAACCAUCACACUACAGAAUCGCCGGGAAAUGACAAUUCUACUUGCCGUGCAGACGAUAGUAUUCUCGUUGAUAAUCUUCGCUAUGACGUUGUGGAAAUCUUAG